UUAUCUACGUGCAGAGUUCUCUUCUUGAGCCGGCUAGCACUCCAGUUCAUUUGGUGCCCGCUCUGGUCGACAUUUCUCUGCGCACGCCCAGCCACUCUCCUUUCUUCCUCCCUGCUGUGCCAAUCCCCCUGCUUGUGGAGCUUCUUCUCCGCCCGGCUCCUUGCUCGCCUGGCCGCACAGCUCCCUGGUGCCGUGCCCAGCCCAUCUCCAUCUCCCUCGCUGAGUCCCUGUUCUUCUCCCAUAGCGCCCCCUCAGCCCGUCACGCUCAGCCAUGGCGUCCACCGCGCCGGACCUCCCUGCUCUCUGCUCCCUCGCGGCAGGCCGGCAACUUCCUAUCUCUCUGCUCGGCUCCUCCCACGGCACGCCGUGCUCCAGCUCGGAUUCCCCCUCCAUGGCGCGCCCGAGCACUCCGGCUCUCUGCUCGAGCUCGCCCAGCUCCCUGCUGCGGUGACUAGCGCUCAGCGUCCGGCUCCCUGGGUGCUUGCCCUGCUCGCCGCCAUCCUGCUGGAUCCCCUCCACGGCGCCCGUUCUUCCCGGGUGUCUUCCUCCACCGCGCUCUCCUCUGCAAGCAACUGGGUUCUGCUCUGCCCUGGGCGUCGUUCUCAGUCACUGGUGGACCGCGCGCCCCUCUGUUUGCUGGUCGUGGCUCCCUCAUGCUCGCCGUCAUUCGAUAUGCCGCCACGUCCUCGCCUCGUCUCGGUAGCGCGCCUGCCAGUGUCGUUCCUCGCUAUGUCGAGCUCCCUCCCCGUCCUGUCCAAUUCGCCGUGUGGGUGGAACCUACGUGCACGCUGUCAUCGACACCAUGGUCGUCUCCCUGUGCGUUGUGUCCCUCGUCUCCAGCCGACGCACUAAGGAAUGGGCGUGGAGUAUAGAAGAAAGUGAAGCCCGAAAUGGUGCUCGCCAGGCGCUCAACAAAAUGCCUGAAUCUUGUUCUUCCCUACUCAAUCUCGUUGAACCCCGAAUCCCGGACGUUAGACAAAAUAAGCGAGGUCCGUGUGCAUCGCUCAUCAAGUGCUCGACACAAAGAGCUGAAUCAGAAUCCUUGCCGUGUUCGCGGAUAGCGCGUCAGAUUUAGAAUGGUACGAUAAUUAAUCACGUGAUGCGGAAGAUGACCCAAGUCGA